AUGGAAGCCAGAGUUCAGUCGAUCCGAAGAAGAACGAAAACAGAAAAGCCUAAGAAUAAUGCCUUGGCUGAAGAAGACAAGGCAAAAGGAAACACGUUCUACAAGCUUGGACGCCUGGAAGAAGCUUGUGAAUGUUUCCUCAGAGUACUGGAUGUGGCCGACGCCGACGACGAAGCGGACUACAGGCUGAGACUGGGAUUGUGUCUCUUGUUGCUUGGCAGACACAGCGAAGCUAUGGUCCAUCUUGAAGGAUUAGAUGGUCGAGAAGAUUUGGUUGCAGCCGCCAAAGCCCUGCAAAGAAUGCAACGUCACGGCUGCCCCUACUACAUCCUGGGAAUUGCCGAAACGGCUAAUUUGAAGGAUAUAGAGUGGGCCUACAGGAAGCGGGCGCUCAAGUUCGAUCCUGAUAGGUGCCAAGGGUCUCAGGAAGAGCGACAACGCAGGGAGGAAAUCAUGCAGAAGGUCAACUAUGCCAACGAUCUCCUGCAUGAUUCUGAAGAAAGAGGAAAAUACGACGCAGUCAGGGAGUUCAUCAAGGACCAGGAAGCUAGAGUGUUUCAAGAUCCUCAGGAGGCCAUGAAAGUAAAAAGGAAGAGACCUGGAAGGAGAGCAAAGAGGAUGAACACUCAAGGACACUAG